AUGGGGUCUCAGUGCGGCGCCAGUAACGCAGGCUGGUAUGCUGUCCUCUGUCUCCACGUCAACUGGCUGCUAUUAACAGGACUCCUCAAAGGUCUAGGGGUGCUGCUGCCAACACUUCAAGAGCAAUUCACGGCAGACACGUGGGUGAUUGGUGGGUUGAUAGCGACAAUAACUGGGGCUGGCAGCUUUGCAGGUCCGUUAUCCAAGCCAUUGGAAAUGUUGUUUGGUACCCGCAUCGUUGUCACAGUCUGCGGAUUCCUCUUAGGGGCGUCUAUAAUCGUCUCGUCCUUCUCGACCAGCGCUGUCCAGAUGGCACUUGCCCUGUCCUUAAUCUCUGGUCCUUGUUUGAUGAUCGCCAGUAUUUUAUCGAGAGCCAUGACAGGUCGUUAUUUCACCACAAAUUACGCUACGGUGAAUGCCAUUGCGACUUCAGGACACUCUGUGGGCUUGAUCGCCAUUGCUCCGUUGACUCAAGUGCUUUUAGACACCUACGGCUGGCGAGGUGCCUUGCUACUGCUUGGAGCCAUGAGCAUGCUUCUUGGUGUGUGUGGCUUCCUUCUAAGACCUCCACCGCCAUCAGCAGAAGGGCGGGAAGACUACCUACCAAUCAUCACCAGUGAAGAGGAGCCAUCGGCAUAUGGACCAAAAAGCCCUAAUACUCAGAAAAGAUCCCGAUUCAGCAUCCUGAAGGACGCUGUGAAGGCUCAACGGAAUCGUUUUGGCUGCACGGUUUGCAGCCGCGCCGCAUUCUGGAUAGCGGCGCUUCUCUACUGUGGCUAUGCUCUCGUCGGUGGUCUCUGGCUGAUAUACUUCGUUGCUUAUGCCGAGUCGAAGGGCUUCUCUGGGCCCGAGGCCGUGACGUUCACCACUGCCGCGGGGAUAGGGAACCUGGUUAUCAAGAUUCUUGUUGGGAUUGUGGUGGACCGAUGUUGGUUGAAGCUACGAUUGACCUUGCUAGUUUCAAUCACGAAUUGCAGCUUGGCUUUAUUCACACUUCCCUGGAUGAACUCCUACUGGUUAAUGCUUAUCAACGCCAUCAUCUUCAACGGCUUCAUUGGAGUGCAAGCAUCACUUAGUGACAUUUACACCCGGGAACUGCUGGGAGCUGAAGACCUGGUACCUGCAUUCAGCUCGAUGGGUCUCAUAUCGGCUACCAUUCAUAUCACUUUUGGAUUCUUCCCUGACCUGUACAGCACCUCCGACAGUAAGCAGGAGAUUGUGGGUUUGGGUCCCACAUGA